CCUCAGAAAGUUUAAGCCUGAUUCAGUAAUACAAAACCCUUGUAAAACUCUAUUCUAUUGGAUCUCAGAUCAUCAAAAUUUAAAAAGAAAAUUAGUAUGGAAGACUUGGGUUUAAUUGUCAAGGAUUAAGGAUGGAAUUGUUUAAUUAAAAAAAAUCAAGAAGAUAUCACUAAAAAAUGUGAGCCUCUCCCAACAAAUUUUAACAGAAGAGAUAUUUUAAGUUGCAGAAGAGAAUAUAUCGCCUACAAAUGGAGGCGAGUGGUAAAAAAGGUAACGAAAUUAGCCCACUUUUAUUACCAUCAUAAACUAUUUUUUAAUUUUUAAAUUAUGUUAAACUUAAUAUAUGGGUUUUUUCGAGAUAAAAAAAUAUUCAUGAUAUUUAAAAAUUUGAAUCCUAUUAUAAAAAGUUUGAAUCAUAUUAUAAUAUACAUAAAUAUCAUCCUUUUAAUGAAUAUAUGUAAUUUAGUGAAAACAACUAAGGAAGAGAGAGGAGAAGUAUGCGGCAGGAAGAACGAUGCUCGGUGUGGAGUUUUGUUCCAUUGUGAUUGUUGACGGUGUUCUCGUCUCCGUUUGUUAGCCUCUUUGUAAUUUGGUUUGCUUCCCCUGCCUUUAGGUAGGGGAAAGCUUUGUUUGUCUUUAUUCUCUUUUGGUUUUCCUUCAUCGAAUUAGAUGCUGCAGUUUUUUUGCUGUUGGUCAUCUGUUUAUUUUGCAGGUCUUAGAGUUUCGUUGCGAGGGUGUUGUUCUUGACUUGUGAGGAAUGCUCCAAUUAGCUUUCAGGAUAGAUCUUCCUACAUGCGUAUGUUACCUCGGCACCGCACCACUAUUUUCGGUGAUUAACGCUCCCGUCGAGAGUUCUGCUGCGUGGUCCUCCUGGAUGGUCUUGGGUGCUGUGUGGUCCUUCUGAGUGGUAUUUUGGUGCUGUCUAGAUUUAUUUAUUAUGAGUCUUUAUUUUUUUUGUUGUGUUCUAGGUUGCCUGAGAUUAUUUGAUUUUAUUUUUUUCACUUUUGUUUUUUUACUUUGUUUAUCCGUGUGUUGUGUUGUAUUGUUUUGAGUCUCUAUUUUAUGAUCAAUCAUCAGUUUUUUAUAUUUUGAUGAUAUUUUUGGCAUUUAUGUCAGUACCGAUGAAAUUAAUAUGGUAUGUUUUGUUAAUACUUUUAUCGGUUCUGUUGGUCUCAUUAUCGUCGAUUCAAGUCGUUAUCGGUUUUGUUAAAAUUGAUAUAGUAUAUUUUAUUAAUACUUUUAUCGGUUCUGUUGGUCUCAUUACCGUCGAUUCAAGUCGAUUUUAUUAUCGGUUCAAUAUAUUUUGAUUUAAUUUUUUUAAAUUUAAAUUUAAUUUGUUUAGAUUUUUGUGAGUUUGUUUCAGCCUUUAAUAUUCUUAUUCAUAAGUUAUAAGCAUUUUGUAAAUGCAAUAUAGUGCAUGUUAAAAACAAAAGAGAGGAAAAAAAAAAUCAAUAGUGUCAAUACCAUUGUUAGUAAUGCUACUGGCAAUGACAUCACAGUCGUCGGAAGUGGUGAAGCCAAUUUUGACAACACAGCUUCCUGUUUUUGAAGCAGGAAAUAUUUCCACAAAGCCUAUUUCAAUGAAUACUCCUACUAAGCCCUUGUUUAUAAUUUCCCCAAUUGUAGAGGGAAAUUACCCUGUCUUCUUGUUUUUCCAUGGCAUCUGCACUAGCAAUUCUGUCUACACUCACCUCUUCAAUCGUAUAGAUUUUCAUGGAUGCAUGGUUGUUGCUCCUCAGUUAUAUACUUGCCUACUCAAAAUUCCUACCACAAGUGAAAAUGACGAACUCAGUUACGCGGCUGAAACAGCUAACGGGUUACUCUCAGGCCUCCACACGUUAAUGGGAACCUGGACUAGCUUGCUGUUUCAUACUAUGGCAGAGAUGGAAAGACAGCUUUUGCACUUGCUCUUGGAUCCUGUUGCCAGGUGGAGGAAAGGAUGCCGAUGUGAUCCCUAUUAAGUGCAAUUAUUUAUAUAUAGUGUAGAAAAAAAAAAUUGCCCUAGACAAGAAAUUCUGCUAUUGAUCCUUGCUAAUAGCUCCAAACACUGUCUUACCAGCCUGUCUACAAACAGAAACAUCCAGAUUGUGACACGCCACUAUAUUGCUUAUAAGUGUGCUUUGUUGUCUCUUCUUUUCGUUGCUUUCUAGGCUUGUGAAUUUAUGAAUUUAUAGUUUUAGUUA